AGGGUAUCCCUACUCAUCUUGGACCCUUGUCUUUAACCUCUUUCCUUCAUUCUUCUCUAAAUCCAACUUCUCUCUCUAACAACAAAUAAUAAACCUAGUUUUCUUCUAGAAUUUUUUGCGACCUUACUACCACCAUAUAUACCACCCUAAGUUAAUAGAUCACUCGAUCGCUAUUGUUAUAUUUUUGUAUAUAUACAUACACUCGUCUCAUAUAAGAAUUACUCGAAAUAUAGAUCGAUAGAAUCGAGUAUGGGGAGACCUCCUUGUUGUGAUAAAAUAGGUGUGAAAAAAGGUCCUUGGACUCCUGAAGAAGAUAUCAUUUUAGUUUCUUAUAUUCAAGAACAUGGUCCUGGUAAUUGGAGGGCUGUUCCUACUAAUACUGGAUUACGUAGAUGCAGUAAGAGUUGUAGGCUCAGAUGGACUAAUUAUCUUCGUCCUGGAAUUAAAAGAGGCAAUUUCACUGAACAAGAAGAAAAGAUGAUUAUUCAUCUUCAAGCCCUUUUGGGAAAUAGAUGGGCAGCAAUAGCAUCAUACCUACCACAAAGGACAGACAAUGAUAUAAAAAAUUACUGGAAUACCCAUCUAAAGAAGAAGUUAAAGAAGCAAGAAGAAGGGCAAGAUGGUCAAAACUUAUCAUCACAAGAAGGGCUUUCAUCAAACUCAACAUCAUCCACUUCUUCCUCAAACAACUCUAACAAAGGGCAAUGGGAAAGGAGGCUUCAAACUGAUAUUCACAUGGCUAAACAAGCCCUUUGUGAAGCCCUUUCUAUUGACAAACCCGAAUUCCUCCCUCGAACCGACUCGAUCCCAAACCCGAGUUUUAACCAACAAUCAUCCAUCUACGCCUCGAGCACCGAGAACAUAGCUCGGUUGCUCGAGAAUUGGAGAAAGCCAACCCCUAAGUCACCUCAAGACUCCACCCAAACUACCUCUUGUAAUAAUAACAAUGAUCGUGACGAGUUUAAGUCACUCUUAAGCUUUAACUCAAACUCAAACUCGAACUCGAACUCGACUACUACCGACAACAACUCGCAGGUGUCUGCGUCGGUUGAAGUGUUCCAGGACGAGAGUAAGCCAAUGCUAGGGUUGUCGGCAGCGGUAUCGGAGGAGCAAGUGCCACUUUCUUUACUAGAGAAAUGGUUGUUUGAAGAAGGGGUUAUUAAUCAUGACCAUGUAAACUUGAUGGACAUGAAUUUAGAUGAUGACACUGGAGCUGAUCUUUUCUAGAAGAUUAAAAAGAAAUUAUAUCAAGGAGGCUCUUUUUUUUUUUUUUUUUUUUUUUUAAUCUUAGUGUUUAAAUGAAGAAGAGAUUGAAAAUCACUUACUGGUGAGAUGCAACAAAUAUCAAAAAGUGUAAAUUACUAAGGAGGAUUAUUAGUAGUUUGUGACUAUGUUAAUCAUCAUCAUUAUCUUAUCAUCCAAAUGUAUACAUAUAUAAAUCAUGCUUAAUUAUGUCUUUUUUAAAUAUUGGAUAAAAAUAAAGAUCCAAUUAAUGCUAAUUGUGUUAAGCAUUUUUCAUGA